GUGAUCUCCAACAGGCAAACAGUCAAACCAAAACCGGAGAAGGGUUACCCACGGGCUGUAGCACCCUGCAAAGCCCGCCUGUGAGUCAGCUCGGGGAGGCCCAGCCCCUUCAGGAGAGCCUGAUUUAGGAUCAGCCCCUGCUUCCAGGCAGGGCUGGGCUGCUUCUCCUCAUAAGACCUGGUCUUAAGAGCAACUCCCCUUCUCCCCAGCUGCCUAAAGUGUCACAGUUUGCUCACUCCCAAGCCUUCUCCCCCACCCCCUUCCCAGACAACUCUCUGGUGAGCAGGGGGGUGUAAGCCACCUCCAGCUUCUCCCUCUGGUGAAUGCUGUUAAGCAACUUCCAACUCCUCUCCUUGCGACGACAUGAAGUUCCCCGGGAAGCCCAGGAGCCACAGAGCUGCUUUUCUGCCUCUCUGCUGGCUCCUUUUGAAGAUCCUGCAACCAGGACACGGCCACCCUUACGACAACCGCUACGCUGGUGAUAAACUGAUAAGACUCGUUCCCAAAACUGAAGAGGAAGCAUCUGCACUGAGGAGCAUGUACCGCCGACUCAAGGUGGACCUGUGGCAGCCCAGCAGCAUCUCCUAUGUGUCAGAGGGGACAGUCACUGAUGUCCGUAUUCCCAAAAAUGCUUCCAGAACCCUGUUAGCCUUCCUACAGGAAACCCGCAUCCAAUACAAGGUCCUCAUAGAAGAUCUUCAGAAAGCUGUGGAAAAUGAAAACAGCUUCCAAACCCAGAGGAGCAGAAGAUCCUUGUCUGAAUACAACUAUGAGGUUUAUCACUCCUUGGAAGACAUUCAAAGUUGGAUGCGCCAUCUGAACCAAACUCAGCCAGGCCUCGUCCGGGUGUUCUCUAUUGGAAGAUCGUACGAAAAAAGACCUCUCCUUAUCUUACAGCUGGGCAGAAAAUCACAAGCCUACAAAAAGGCAGUCUGGAUAGACUGUGGCAUUCACGCGAGAGAAUGGAUCGGCCCUGCCUUUUGUCAGUGGUUUGUUAGAGAAGCCCUUCUGACCUACAAGACUGACCCAGCCAUGAGAAAAAUGUUGAACCAUCUGUAUUUCUAUAUCAUGCCUGUGUUUAAUGUUGAUGGAUACCACUUCAGCUGGACCCAUGAUCGAUUCUGGAGAAAGACAAGGUCAAGAAACUCCAGGUUUCGCUGCCGCGGAGUUGACGCCAAUCGUAACUGGAAGGUGAAAUGGUGCGAGGAAGGGGCCUCCGCACACCCUUGCGAUGACACAUACUGUGGUCCUUUCCCAGAAUCGGAGCCGGAAGUGAAGGCUGUGGCUGACUUCCUUCGGAAACACAGGAAGCGCAUUAGGGCCUACCUGUCCUUUCACGCCUACGCUCAGAUGUUGCUGUAUCCCUAUUCUUACAAACACGCAACAAUCCCCAAUUUUAGCUGCGUGGAAUUUGCAGCUCACAAAGCCGUGAAGGCACUUCGGUCGGUACACGGAAUACGAUACAGACACGGCCCUGCCUUCCAAACAUUGUACGUAAGCUCUGGGAACUCGAUGGAUUGGGCUUAUAAAAACGGAAUACCCUAUGCAUUUGCUUUUGAACUUCGAGACACUGGGCAUUUUGGAUUCUUACUGCCAGAGGUGCUCAUAAAACCCACGUGCACAGAGACCAUGCUGGCUGUGAAGAAUAUCACCAUGCAUCUGCUAAAGAAAUGCCCUUGAGAGAAACGCGCGUCUGCUCUGCCAACCCGGAGAAAGCCGGGGCUGACCUAAAGGCAGCUUGGCAAAAGGAACUGUUUACACUGGAAGGAUCCGUGGACAUUAAAGGAUCUUUUCAUGCAAUUUGGCACUUUGUAACAAUAGAAAAUUAGGACACAGCCUACUUUGGUAUGAGAAGAAAAUCCACUUUAUAUCCCUUUAGAGUCUUAUUUGAUUAUAGGAGGGGAAGGAAAUGUUUUCAAAUUCCUUUGUUUCAAGAAGUAUGCAAAUUAGUUGAGGAUUGCCCUUCAAUCAACCUCCAUGCCCUUGAUCAAGAUCUAGGCUACCAAUGGCAUUUAAUUACUUGGUUCUUAUUUGAAAUAGAAACAACUGUAUUUCUUAACAAAUACAUAAUCUCUCAAAGACUAACAUUAUUCGCACAUUCAUCUCACUUUAGUGCACCGUUUACACCUCUAUAACAAGUCAGGCAGAUGUUUCAAUAAAGUCACGAGCCCACAGCCGCUGCGCUUCCCUGCGCAGUCUAGACCCUAGCAGCACUGAAUCAUGAAUAGAGGAGGAAGCAGUGGAGGCCCACCCCAAGCUGAGAAGUUGUGAGACGGGGAGCCAUUUUUCCUCGCGUGCAACCACAGGCCUCUGGGAAGGCAGGCAGAGUUGUGGGGCAGGGAAUGGGGCACAGGAUAGGGGAGUGCAGUUUACUGCUGGAGGUGCUUUCGGAGGAGUUGGCAGGCAGGGGCCUGGGGGGAAGAUCACCUGUGUCACCGGGUCUGUCAGACUUUCAGAGUUGUGGGGCCAGAGAUGGGGCACGGGGUGUGGGGUGCAGUCCACCAGUGUUGAGGGUGUAAACAGGUGAGUUGUCUAGCCCUGCCUGCCAACUCACCUGAAAGCACUCUGCUUUCCCAGAGGCCUGCCAGACCCAGGGAUAGAUACCAGGUAAGACACCCACACACAUAACCUAGGCCCGAGUCCUCCGACUCAGGCUUAGAAGAUACAUUUGAAUAAAUCAAUACAUGGGUAAAAGAAAAUGUUAAAUCUAAAAAGUCCCUGAAAUAAAAACAUCAGGGAAAUCUGGGACACUAUGAAAAGACCAAGCCUAAAAAUAAUAGGAGUACAAGAAAGAGAAGAUUCCCAGCUCAAAGGUUCAGAAAAUAUUUUUCACAAAAUCAUAGAAAAAAAAAUUUUCCUGACCUAAAGAAAGAGAUGCCUUUCAACAUGCAAGAGGCCUACAGAACAUCAAAUAGAUAAGACCAGAAAAUAAAAUUUCCCCACCACAUAAUAAUCAAAACACCAAAUGUACAGAACAAAAAAAAAAAAAAAAAGACUAUUAAAAGCAGAAAGGGAAAAAUGGCCACAUCACAUAUAAAGGAAGGCCUAUCAUAAUUACACCCAACUUCUCAACAGAGACUUGAAAAGCCAGAAGGACCUGGGCAGAUCUCUAAGAGACCACAAAUGACAGCCCAGACUACUAUACCCAGUAAAACUUUCAGUCACUACAGAGGGAGAAAACAAGAUAUUUCACAACAACAAUAACAAAAAAGUCAACAAUGUCUAUUCACAAAUUCAGCCCUACAAAAGAUACUAGAAGAAAAACUCCAACCCAAGGAUUACACAGGAUAUAAAAUAAUUCUCCAAGAACAAAACAAAAAGAAGGGAAGCAGACGCACGCGCACACACUACCACCACAAACAUCAAAAUAACAAAUUAAUAAUCAUUGGUCACUAAUAUCUCUCAACAUCAAUUAACUCAAUUCCCCAAUAAAAAGACACAGGCUAACAGAAUGGAUACGAAAACACAAUCCAUCAAUCUGCUGCAUACAAGAAAACAAACCUCAUCAUCAAAGGUAAACAUUACCUCAGAAUAAAGGGCUGGGGAAAGGGUUUUCAAGCAAACGGGCACAGGCUCUAAUCCCAGCGCUCAGGAGGCAGAAGCAGGCAGAUCUGUGAGUGUGAGGACAGCUUGGUCUACACAGUGAGUCCAGGACAGCCAGGGUUGUUACACAGAGAAUCCUGUCUCAAAAAACCAAAAUAAUAAUAAUAACAAUAAUGUUAAAUAAGCCAGGCAUGGUGGCCCAGGCAUAUAAUCCAGAAUACUGAAGAGGCUCAAGCAGAAGGAUUCCAAGACCAUGGAUUGCCUGGACUACAGAGCAAGUUCAAGGCCAGCCUGGUCAAAUCAAUGAGACUCUCUGAAAAUAAAAAAUAAAGGACAUCUAGGGAUUUACCUAGCAUGUAUGGGACCUUGGAUUCACUGACCAAGGCUGACAACAAGCAAAUUUCAGUCUUAGUUACAAGUGCCAGGCAUAGGAGUUUUACAUUAAUAAUCUAAUUUGGUCUGUACAAUACAUGUUUCAAAUGAGGAAACAGGCUUAGCAAGGAGACACAGACUUCCAUUUCCAGGAGGUCAACAGUGUAUGUGUCUUCAGCAUUGAAAAUAACUUAGGCUCCUGGACAAGGUAGAACUUUUGUUGAGAUGGGGUCUCCUCUGCCUCUUUACUGCUCAGACUACACGUGUAUACCAAAACACCAGGCCGGUGAUUGUUUAAAAUCAUUGUACACCCAUGAGAGAAGAAAAUGAAGACACCUUAGGCUAGGCCUUGAAUGAUUAGAUCCAGAAAUCUAAAAAGGAAUGCAUGCAGACUGGGAUUUCACAGCAUUUGGGAGAAACAGGGUCAAAGAACAAAGGCCAAGGCUGCACCAUGCUGUGAAGUCUAAGGAGUUUACUUCUAUCUGUAUUCCAGGAUUCCCUUACAUAGAAGGGUAGAUUCCAUUAUCAUACACACUCUCUUUACACACAUGCAUAUAUACACAUAUACACACACACACACAUACACUCACAUUCAUACUUUGUCUUUCUCUCUCUCUCACACACACACACACAGACACACACAAUUAUGUUAUUUCUAAUGGACCAUCAGGAAAACUGACCAUUUCCAAUUUGGUAAGAGUAGUGUGGCAAGGAAUUGCUACUAAAAAUUUGGAAAAACACAUCAGUUCUCUUGCAGGUUUGUGGCCCAAAUUCAGACUUCUUAAAUGGCCUGAUAAAACUAGCCAAUAGUGUAGUUCAGAUUUUUUCCAAGCUGGUAAUGCCUCCAAGCAUUCAGUAGAAAGCCUCUUAAAAGUUUUGUCUGAGGAAAACAUGACUCUCGGGAUAAAGGGAUGGCCUGAAAACUUCCAGAGAGGAGAAAAAGACCCAGUCAAAGGAACGAGGAUAUGCAUAGCAUGAACUUCACUGGCACCACUAAAGCUGAAAGGCAAUGGAGAAAUGUCGUCAGGGCUUUAAGGAAAAAUCACCCCUCCUAAAAAAAAAAAAAAAAAGUUAUAUUUAGCAAAGUUAUUGAUGAAAUCUGAGGGUAAAAUGUAGACAUGUUCAUAAAAGUAAGUUCCUAAUAAUUUGCUUUUUCUUGGAAAUUCCUAGCAGGAAUAAAUCAAGAGAGAUGUAGCAUUCAAAAUUAUAUAGGAAUCAUGUUUGGAUAUGAACUGUCCCCUGCAAAUGUCUCAUCUCUUAGGAGUAUGGUCCCCAGCUGCUGGCACUAUUUUGGAAGGCAAUGAAACUCCAAGAGUGGGGCUUCACCGAAUGUAUGUCAGCCAGGGAGGCAUCAGGGCUGUUUGUCCCUGGGUCCUUCCCAGUCUCCUGGCCACCAUAAGGCGAAAAAGCUCACACUCCAUCAUGUAUAUUUUGGCCAUGAUGCUCUGCCAUUCUGUGGGCCCAGAAUCAACAGAACUAAGGUUAAGAAUGACAGCUCUGAAACCAUGAGCCAAAAUAAAUCUUUGAUUGUGUCAGUAUUUAGUUACAGGGAUAAGAAAAGUAGCACAAGGGAGAAUGUAAGAUAGAAAACAGGCACGGAGGAAAAGGCCUGAGGUAACAGCUUUCUGACAGACAUGCAGAAGUACUAACUUGGAGUAGAGGAAAGAGAACUAAGAUUUCAGAUAAACAUGAAGAUACAUGUGAAAUACACACAAAUAUGUUGAAGGCAAUUUUUAUUUGUACAGGACUUGAGGAUGAACUCACAAUAAAAGUAUAGAAAAGCAGCAAACAAAAACUGCAUUUAAAUUGACAAAAAAUAAGUGGGUUUUAUUUUUUAAAAGGUAUCCUAAAAUACUACAUGACUUACUUCUUAGUAAUACAAAGUCAAAUAGUGUCAGACAUAAGUACUCCAGGAUAGGAAGAAGCAAGAUGCAAAUAAGAUGGAGACAUAAGAUAGCAUAAUCUUCCUCCUCCUCUAUAGAAAGAAAUCAGAUAGUCUUGAAGGCUAAAAAGAAAAAGAAAAAAAUCAAGAAAAUCUACAUAUACUUAUUAGUUAAAAUAAGAAGGUAGGGUCAGCCAAGCAUGGUGACAGAGGGAGGCAGAGACAGGCAGAUCUCUGUGAGUUUGAGGCCAGCCUAGUCUACAAAGCAAGUCCAGGAUAGCCAAGGCUACAUAGAAGAACCCUAUCUUGAAAGAAAGAAAGAAAGAAAGAAAGAAAGAAAGAAAGAAAGAAAGAAGGAAGGAAGGAAGGAAGGAAGGAAGGAAGGAAGGAAGGAAGGAAAAGAGAAAGGAAAGGAAAGGAAAAGAAAGAAAGAAAGAAAAGAAAAGAGAAAGUAGGGUCAGCAUAGCUGGGCUGCCUUGUCUGCCUCAGUGAGAGAGGAUGCUCCUAGCCUUGAUGGGACUUGAUGUACCACCAGCUCAUAGCCCUGCUGGUGGGUUGGUACCCAUGGGGGGGCACCCCUUCUCUGAGGAGGAGAUGGAGGAUGGGAGAGGGGUGUGAGGGUGAGACUGGAAGGAGAGGAGGGAGGGGCCUAUGAUCAGAAUGUAAGUGAAUAAAUUUAAAAAGAAAGAGAGAGAAAGAAAGAAAGAAAGAAAGAAAGAAAGAAAGAAAGAAAGAAAGUUAAUGAGAUGGGUCAGCAGGUAAGAGCACUUGCCAACAAGUCUGACAACCAGAGUUCAAUCCCCAGAACCCAGAACCCACCUCAUGAAAGGUCCCACAAAAAGUCCUCUGGUUGCUACAUGCUCACUGUGGCAUGUAUAUGUGUGCAUACGUGCAUGUGCUCAGAAACACAAACACAAAUAACUAUGACAAAAGAAUAUAAAUAUUAAAAAAAUAAGUAGCAAGAUGAAAAAUUAUUGGACUAAUGAAAGAGAAUAGAAAGUAACACGGGAUGGAAUGAAGUACUGUUCUCUUUAGCACAUGCUUCUUAUAUUAAAUAAACUUUCAUUUGAGGAGAAAUAUUUUAAUAUAGGCUUAAGUACAAGGAUUAAGAGAAAGACAGGCACAGAGAAGAAUACAAAAAAAACAUCUGAGAGUGUCAAUAUAAGCUUCUUAAAAAGAGUCAUAAAAAACAAGACUGAUCUUGCUUUUCAAUUAGGAAAUGCAAACAUUAAAACAUUUGCUACUUUUAAAUAAAAACAAUAUUUUAAAAGCAAAGUCAUAAUUACUCACUUUCUGCUUUUGAGGCAGGGUUUGCUGUGUGGCCCAAGUUGCGCUCAAACUGACAACCCUUUUGAUGAUUUUUUCCCUAAUAUUGGAAUUAGACAUGUGCCACCAUACUGAUUUUUGUUUUAUCGGCCCAGACACAUGUUUGUAAGACAAGUCUUAGAAAGGCUUGGUUCUAUGAAGAAGAAAUACACUCACCCCGCAGCAAACACUCAGGAGUGGUCGGAAGAUCUGAGGGGGCACUGUUCUUUUCAUCCCUACCAGCAGAACAGGUGUGAACCAAAAUGUUCAGCACAAUUAGGAGGGACGGGAGGCUGAUAAAGACCCUGGGUGGAAAGAAGCUAUUUCUCAGAAUCUGACAAGAGGAACUGGACCAGCAUGCCUUGUCUAGGGACCCAUGCACAUCCUUGAUGCUCCUUUGGUUGGGAGCUCUGGGAGCUCCCUGUGUCUGGACCUUCCACAGGUCCAUCAGAUAGCACCACUCCUUGACAAGCAAGCAACAGUUACUUCUUGAGUCUUUAGGGAGAAAAACACCACAACAAAUAUAUAGAUAAACCUCAAAAUUCAUCCUUCAUUGUAGUCAGUAUCUAGCCUUUACCAAGCCCAAUGCAGGAAGAACAGUUGGCAAGUUACUACCAAGAACUAGAUAUUUAUAUUACUUAUCCUUUCUGUCACCCAGCAGAAGUGUUAAGAAUGCUUUUUCAGAGGCCGAAGGAGGGUACGCACACACAAACACAAUAAUCCACCAUCUUCAGGGUACUCAGUUUCUUUACUACCCAUAUAUAGAUUCAGAAUGAAAGUCUUGAUAAAUUCUUACCCAUGAUUACUCUCACAUUUCAGUAAUACUGUAUACAUUUUAUGCCUCGGGUUCUUUAAGUAGGUAUUUUAAUAUUUAUAGGCUAUUUUCAUAUUUAAUAUUUUUAAACUAAGCCACAAAAUGAAUGGAGGAGUGAUUUGUGUUCAGAGCACCCUGGUGGGUGCUGUGUGUGAGGACCAGAGGUCUUAUAUUUGUUUCAACUCUUGCUUAAGAAUGUAACACUUCUUAAGAAUAUAACACUUCUUUUUCCUCCACUAUAAAUAGAACAUGCAUUUUGAACCACUGUAAAGUAAUUUUAUAAUGCUGAUUAUAUCAAGUUUUAUUUUUCAGCUGAGUUUUAGCUAGUGUUUAAGUUUCUUAGGGGUGCCAUAAUAAAGUCCUACAAAUUGAAGGCCUGAAAGCAAUAGAAAUGCAUUACAUCAUGGUUCUGGAGGUUAGAGUUCUAAAAUCAGGCAUCAGUAGGACAUGUCCCGGGGAACGCUGUCUCUUCCCAUCUGGUCAUUUUAAAGCUGUCUUUGGCACUCCUUGACUUUCAGCUGCAUAGCUCUAUUCUCUGUCUUCACAUGGUCUGUCUGUACUUCACAUGACCAAGGUCGUAGGUCUUUACCUUCCUGUGAGUGACCAGGUUCAUAUGUCUGUCUCUAUCGUCAUAUGACUGGGUGCCCAUAACAACACUGGUUGUUUUGUUUCUUAAUUGUCAGCUUGAUCUAGAGUUACGUGAGAAGAGGGACCUUCAUCUGAAGAAUUUCCUUCAUCAGACUGGCCUGUAGGAUGUCUCUGAGGGCACUGUCUUGAUUGCCAAUUUGUGCAGGAGUUCCUAGCCCAUUGUGGAUGGUACCAUCUCUAAGCAGGUGUUCCUGGUUGCAUAAAAAAGCGAGCCAAGCGUAAGCCAGGAGUAGGCCUGUAAACAGCCUUCCUCUGUGAGCCUCGCUUUGAGGUCCUCAGCUGGCUUCCUCAGUGAUGAACUGUGACCUGUUAAGGGUAAGCUGAAAUAAAGCCUCUUCUCCAAGGGCUGGGGUUGGGUUUGGCCUGGUGCUAUGCAUUCUAAUGUUAAUUACUUGCCCCCAAGGUCUUGUCUCUGCUCAGAAGAGCAUAUUCUCACAUAAACCUACCCAGGUCGUGUAAACCUGCGUAAGUCAUUAUAUCUGAUUGGUUAAUUAAUUAAACAGCCUAUACCUGGGCAGGGCAGAAUGGGGUGGGCGUGGCUAAAGUUCCCUAGCUCUCGGGUUCACGAGAAUCAUGGGGAAAGACAGGUUGGAAGAGAGGAAGGAGGAGGACACCACCAUGGGUUAGCACGGAGAAGGAAUCAUGCUGGCUGGGAGGAAGGACUCCAAUAAUGGCGUGGAAGGCCCAGAUGAAGACUAUAAGCAAGUAUAUUAGGAUUACGGACGGAAGGUGGACCAGAUGAGAAUGAUUAAGGCAGAGGGCAUCGGAUGGGGUCUGGGAGAUGGAGGACAAGCUUGCUGAGACAGCGUAGGUGAAAUACCUGGUCAGUGUUCUAUUAUUUGUGAUAGCGGGUUUGAUCAUACUGCCGUGGUUACCUUAGGGCUAAUAACAAUAUAUGACCCAACCCACAGCAUUUUCAUUUUCUACAACAGACUGGUUUGGGUCGGAAUGUUUCAUCACAGAAACAGAAAGAAGACUCUAGUCAUAGGAGAUGGCGCACUCUCCCUGAGUAUGGCAUCACCUAGCUAAAGGCAUUGCAUCUCCCUCCACAGAUGGUCACAUUCUGAGGUACGCAUGCUUACGAGUCAAGUUAUAACACCCACAAUAAAAAAAUUUAUAGACUAUUA